UAUAAAACUCCACAUGUAGUUAAAUGCAACAGCAGGUGCAUCUUUUCUUCAGAGACGGCGAAGACAGGCAGAGAAGGGCAGAAAUACUUGGAACAGUGGAAAUUAUACAACACACACUCACACUGUGGAUUGUCUUGGAGCAUCAUUCUUGACGUCAUAUUGCACUGUAUCAGUGUCUACAUGUCCUCGUCGUGCCUAAGUAGUGUCCUAACUCAUGCCAACCUCACCAUGUAUCAGACCAGCUUGCCAGAUGACCUGCUGCAGCAGCCCACUGUGCUGCCCAGCAUCAAUACCCUUCAGAUCAGUAAUGCAGCAUACAACAUAAAUGCUUCUGCCACAGCAAGUGUUAGUCCUGCUAGAAUCCACACCAGGCAAAUGUGGUACCGGCAGAUCAGCCCUCACUACUGGACAGCAGAUCAUGUUCUGGAGUGGAUCAGUGACCACGUAGAAAGCACCAAGUUCGAUGCAAGCACCCUGAGUCUGGACUAUUGUGCCAUAGAUGGACCUGCUCUCUGCCAGAUGAACCGGGACCAGAUCAUUACGGUCUUUGGCCCACAACUUGGCUCAGACCUCUACCAGAGUCUGCAAGAACAAAAGACUAAAUAUGAGCUGCAGAGCCUAUCAGGACCAGAGCUGAGUGAGACUUGUCAACUCUUGGACAACUUUUUGGACAACUUAAACUUCCCUUUGCUGAGUACCAUUAGAAUUGGCCAGGCUGAGGAAGCUGUAAGCAAGAAAGAGUUUGACUACCAGGAUGACUAUGAUCUGAUAAGUCUGGCAACGGAGCCUAUGCCACCUUUAAGAGAGCCUGAGCACUUGUCAGAUAAUCAGUCUGACAGUGAGUACAGCUCCUCCAACAGUCAAAUGUUUGGCUUUGGAAGCAUUGGUUCACCCGAGUCUCGAAGUAGUGAAUCAGAUCCAGAGUUCUCCUACUCUCUGACCUCAAUCAAAGCAGAGAAAGGGGAGUCUCGACUGAAAAGACCACGGGGACGACCUCCCAAAGUCAGCAGAGAGCAUGGCAGCAUGUAUGAUAACCUAAAGAAAAAUAAACAUGUACCUCGUGGCACUCACCUGUGGGAGUUCAUCAGGGACAUUUUGAUCCACCCAGAGAGGAAUCAGGGCCUGAUGAAGUGGGAAGACCGACGUGAGGGUGUCUUUAAGUUCCUCAAGUCUGAGGCUGUGGCUCAGAUGUGGGGCCAGAAGAAAAAGAACAGCAGUAUGACUUAUGAGAAACUCAGCCGUGCCAUGAGGUAUUACUAUAAAAGGGAGAUCUUGGAGCGAGUUGAUGGCCGGAGGCUUGUAUACAAAUUCGGGAAGAACUCCAGUGGCUGGAAGACUGAGGAGAGCAUUUGAGGCGUCAUGGGUAGAAACCAAAAAGCCAGUCAGCACAGUACAGCAUUGCAGUUCAAAAACUAGAAAUACUUGUGUGGCCUGUCUGAAAAGAAAAAAACCUGUACAGCCCCAAAACUUUAAGACAUAAGUUUCCUCUAAGAAGGAAGGUGUUGCAAAAAAUGUAAGCCAGUGUUUUUGGCUCUAGUAGGUUUUAUGAACCGAUAUUAAUGUUUUACCUGUUUUGUGUUUUUGAUUAUCACUACAAAAACAAUGCGUGCAGGAAAUUGAAUGUACAUAGUUUUGGAUGCUCUUGAGUUUCUUCAAGCACUUAAAGUUAUUUUAUUUUUAUUAUUAUUAUUAUUUUUUUUUUUACAGUUGUACACAGUUAAAACUAAUGUUUCUAUUUAUGUUUGACUACUACAUGAUUAUCUGUCACAAUGUGAUUAGUUUUAGUAAAUAGGGAUUAAUAACUAUGAUGCAUCAAAAAAUUAAAGUGCCUUUUUCUGAAUUCAUUGUCUAAAUGAGGAGCAAGUUUUGUGAUCGCAAUAUGAAUUUAACAGAAUAAAAAUGUAGGUGAAGGGAGCUAAACCAACAAAAUUGCUCAUUAUGGGCCGGAUUUACUAAGAUCCCAAUUUGCGUGCGGGCUGGAACUGCGUUUGCAGGUGAUUUACUAAGACUGACUACAGUCUUACAGCCGUAUGUAAAUGAGUUUGUUGCGUGCGCUAUUUGUGUUCACCAUUGGGACCGCAAGCAUAAAAUGACAUCUGGUGUUAUUGUAUCGUAAGUGUCUGCUGUAGAGACAAAUAAACACAAACGCAAAAAACAUCUCAAUAUAUCUAUAGACAAGGCGCAGUGAUGGAAUGCCAAAUAAAAGGGGCCCUCAUUGUAGACCACGAUAAGCACAUAUGAAACACGCUAGUUAUUUACUGGAUAAAACUGAUCCAUUUGGAUAUUUACUGCAUAAAAAAAGAAUGUGUUUCAUGGGUGAACAUUUAGUUGCAAAAUGAAGAUGCGUGAAUUGAAUUUGCUAAAUCGCUUUGCGCGUGCUAAAUUAAUAUAUUUGCAUUGUCUCCCAAAGGCUGAAACGCAAAAUUGCAUGCAAACACCCCGUAUUACAUAUUAACUGAGGCAAACGUGCUAAGUGGAAGCCGAAGCGCUAUUUUGCACCUGACGCAAAGACGCAACCUUUAGUGUGCGCUGUUAGUUAAUCAGUUUGUACGUUUUUUGUUUUUGUUUUUUGCACACGUUUUUAUACACACAACCCUUUAGUAGAUCUGGCCCUCUAUGUAUGGCAUUUUAUAAACUGUGUUUACACAAUGUUUAAGUAAGUAGUAGUUGAUUCACUAUAUCACGUCUCAAGUGUUUUUGUAACAGUUGCAAGUUGGUUGUGUGAAAGAUGGGUCUGAACCCAUCUAUAUUAGAUGAAUAUCUACUGUAUAUGUGUGUAAUAAAUAAUUGAAUGGCA